AUGGCGGAACUACCUUGUCCUAUGAAGGAGUAUGCAUGUCCUACCAUAGGAACUUUGCCAUCUUGCAGAGUGCUUCAUGAGAUUUUGACAGAAGAUCAGUUACAGAUGCGUUGUUUUCCUUACACAUUGAAGAAUGUGGCUAAAACAUGGUUCAUGUCAUUAACUCCUACUUCACUUACCACCUGGGAUGCAGUUUAUAAUAAGUUCAUCGGUAAAUUCUAUUCUCAUGCCAAAACUACAGAAUUUAGAGGUAAGAUUGCUACCUUCUCACAAAUGGAAGGUGAUGCUAUGGGAGAGAAGACUACACAAGAGAUGAAUGAGUUAUACGAGAUGCUUGGAGCCAACUCGCAGCAAAAAAGUGUUACAGGGGAAGAUAAAGUGAAUGAGAAGCAAUUAAGUGUAUCCAUUCAAAAUGAGGAGAUCAACCCCAUCGUUGCUCCACCAAAGGCUUAUGCUCCACCUAUUCCUUUUUCGAGCCGAUUGAAGAACAACAAAUGGGAUAAGUCAUUCUCUGAAAUUUAUGAUAUUUUAUCUAAAGUUAAUGUGAACUUACCCUUGCUUUAUGUGAUGAGGAAUAUACCAGCUUACGCAAAGUUCUUGAAGGAUUUGAUUACUUGCAAGCAUAAGUUUGAACCCAAUGAAAAAGUUAUGGUUCCAGAAAAGGUAAGUGUUGUGCUUCAAAGGAAUUUUCCACCCAAGUUGAAAGAUCUAGGUAGCUUCAUCGUCAACUUUACCAUGGGUGAUGAAAAGGAAGAACGAGCAAUGCUAGAUUUGGGGGCAAGCAUUAAUCUCAUGCAUUACUCCACUUAUCUACGAUUAGGAUUUUGGGAAUUAAAGCCAACAACAAUGUCUCUACAAUUGGCUAACAAUUCAAUUAAAUAUCCAAGAGGUAUUGUAGAGAAUGUCUUGGUUAAAGUUGAUAAAUUGAUAAUUACUGUUGAUUUUGUAGUCUUAGAUAUGGAGAAGCCAUCAACUCAUGAUGGAGAUUUUCCCAUUUUGCUUGGCCGCCCAUUUAUGGCUAUAACUAAGACAGUGAUUGAUGUUCAGAAUGGCAAGCUCAGUAUGAUAGCUUUGGAUGAACUGUGGAGUUCUUAG